AUGUCGUCUACCCGUCCAAUGAGAGCCGUUAACAAGAAAGUCGUGUCAUACAACGACAAUCUCUAUGAUGAAGAUGGCGAUGCCAACAAUGUCUUCCCAAAGCCUCUCCCAGUCCCCGACAUGAAUGAUUUAACAAAAGAAGCAAAAAAGAUCAGGAUGUCACUACACCCAUCGUAUAUUAUCCCCGACGAAGAUAAACUUUUUGUCAAAGCGUGCGAAAUAAGAGGCUGCAAGUGUUCUACAGAGGCAUGCCCCAACGUGGCAAAAAAGUUGGAGUGCCCAAAACAUUGCAAGCGGGGAUGCCGAAAUCAAAAUUUUCGCCGAAACACCUGCGUGGACUUGGUGGUCGCCGACGCUGGAGACAAGGGAAGCGGUGUCUACGCUCUCGAAGAACUCAAGAAAGGCCGCUUCCUCUGCGCCUAUUUUGGAGAUCUUAUCUCUCCUGACGAGAGAAAUCGAAGAAAAGAGCUCUACAAGGAUGAAGGCCUGCCACAUGAUUAUACCUUUCAAGCCGGAAGUUUUUUUAUCGACCCAACGAAAAGAGGGAAUAUCGCCAAAUAUGCCAACCACAGCUGCAUACCCAAUAUGGUGGCCAUCACCUACAAAUUAGAUGGCCACCAUAAAAACCUGAUGGUGAUAGGAUAUUUUGCGGCUCGCAACAUUGGUAUUGGCGAGGAACUCACAGUUGCAUACAACUUUGACUAUGAUCCAGAAAAUAGCCAAAUUUGUCUGUGCGGCGCCACGUCGUGCAACGGCUUCAUGGGAAAAGGCCCAAAGAAAGAGGAUAUGGUGGCCGAAAUCCCAGUUAGGGUGCCUUUUAAGAAGACUGGAGUGAUUGGAAGAGUGAGGAAUACUAAGAAUGUCUUCAAAAGACAAGAAGUGCCGAAGCAAGCAAACCAGCCCAGAAUAGAAGCACUCGAAAACGAUGAAAAUAAUGUGGAUGCUGCCAGAAACGGAGGAAACGAACAAAUUGUUGUUCAGCAUGUAGAUCAUUUGGAUCAAGAAGAGGAACUGAGGGAACAAAUCGCUAUUCUGGGGCCGGAACGACGUACUCGCUCCUACACGAAUGAUGUAAUGAAGACAACUUUUGGAAAGUUUCACUCCCAUUUCAAGUGCAAAUUUCAUCCCACCUGUGAUAUCAAAAGAUUAAAAACUGAAAGAGUUCCCCUAUGCGAAAAAUUAGGAUGUCGUUGUAAUGACAACUCUUGUGAAAAUUUCGCUGCCAAAAUCGAGUGCAGAGCCAACUGCAGUGAACAGUGUGAGAAUCAAAGGAUUCGCCAAAAUGUGUGCGCAAACAUUGAAGUGAAACAAUCUGUGGACACAGGAAACGGACUUUUCGCAAAGGAAGACAUCAAUAGAGGCGAUCAAAUUUGCAUUUAUGCUGGGCCAAUAAUCCCAAAGAAAGAACAUGAAAAAAGAGUUUUGAAGUAUGUGGAGAAAAACUAUUCUGAUUUCUAUGCCUAUAAAGUUGGAGAUUUGUUCGUUGAUCCAACGGAAAGCGGAAACUUGGCAAGAUUUGCCAAUCACUCAUGUUCUCCAAACAUGGUGGCAGAAAGGUGGCAAAUCGAUAAAAGAUUCGAAGGCUAUAGAACUAUCGUCUUCAUUGCCAAACGCCCCAUUCGUGAAGGAGAUGAACUUACUGUUCACUAUGGCGAGAAUAUAAAUAUCUCACAAGAAUGCCGAUGCGGAGAAGACCAUUGUUCUGGAUGGAUUGGACAAAAGAAAGAAGAGCCGGCCGCUACCAAAAAACCACAAACAAAAAGAGCACCAAAAAGGCGUGCUCCUCCGGUCAUGGUAGACGUCGUGGUCAGGGAACCGACGCUUACCGCCGAGCAAGAGGCAGAUUUAGAAAACUAUCGCCACGAAUGGAGUCUUAGUAGAACCCAGACAAAGUUUUACAAAUCAUCGUACAAUGCAUGGUAG